AUGUCAAAUGUUGAUAUUGAUAACGAUGGAUUUCAGAAAGUAAAAUCAAAACGUCUUUCUAAAAAUAAGCCCACUAGAAUUCCACCAAAAGCGAUACAAUUUGAUAAACGAGACGUAGUUGUAGAAGUUGAGAAAGUCUUUCAACGGAUACAGAGCGCUGUUGAAGAUUUACGUGUUUCUAAUUACUUGGGAGGCUUUCUUAAUACUGUCUAA